CCUUCGUCGUCGGGGAACAUCCGUGAUGAGCAACAGCCCCAAUGGUUCUGGCUAUAAAAGGGGCGCAGGUCCUCCCGGCCACCAGAAGCAGCUCACCGCUCCACACCGCUGAACCUUCCUUCACUCGGCAUCAUGAGAGCUCUGACCCUCGUACUGAUGGUGGCCGUGGCCCUGACGGCGCUGGUGGUGGUGCAGGCCAUGCCAGAACCCUUCCCUGACCCGGACCCCGAGGCUCUCGCUGAUCCUGAUGCCUUGGCGGGCAGAUUUGGUAGAGGUAGAUACGGAGGUGGAUUCGGUGGAUACGGUGGAGGAUUCGGCGGAUUUCGUGGUGGAGGAUUCGGUGGACACCACGGUGGAUUCCGCCGCGGCGGAGGCAAGUAUUAUGGCUAGGGAGAGGGACGCACCCGACACGCGGGAAGAAGCAGGCGAGCGCACACCAUCUUGAGGACAACACAUGGGCGUGUCAAUCGCCCCCGCCGCCGCCGCCGCUCCUUCCACUACGUUAUCUUCAGCCGGCCACACAUCACUCUGGUGGUGGAUGACCUGCAUCUUGCCAAGAGUUUUUACAAUGUAACCGUUCCGUUAAAUGCAUCCCUGCUGACCAGCUACACAAACUUUGGCAGAUUUCACUUUAUUUUACGUAAAAACUGUUCAAAAUAAACAUAUCUUACUAU